AUGUAUACACCAAGAAAAACUACAAGAUCGCGAGCUAAUAAUUACGAUAAUUUUACCACAAAUUUGAGACGAACAGCCUUGAUAUUAGCUGGUGUGGCGCUCGGUCUUGGACUUCUUCGAAUAUGUCUCAUGUUAUGUAAAAAUAAACCAUCAGAAACUAGAAAUCGUAGGGAUUUAACAAAUACUUCACGGCACCAGUCAAUUGCGAUCAUCGAUGAACAACAUAAAUUAGAUUUACCACCAAAAUAUGAUGAAGCAAUUAACUCAAAAACUGAACAUGAAUGGAAAUUACCAUCUUAUGAAGACUUACAAACAACAGCUACACUGCCACAAAUUCAUGAUACACGUAAUAUUAAUAAUAUUAUUACAACAAAUAUAUAA